AUGAAACGGAUAUCACCGCUGAACAAGAGUCGCGUUCCAGCCAAAGGUCGCAAGAAACCUUCCACACGGAUGAAGAGGCGUUCUGCAGGUAAAAAAGAGACAAUGAAUCUGCGUAAAAGUCUGCGACGGGACGCGCAAACCAAUGGGCGUAACAGCCAGCCAUGUCAUGGUGGCACAUUUCCAAAGGCAGAUACCGAGCCUCAGCUGGGAGAUAAAGAGGAAGUAGACGCAUACGAACCGGAACCGACCAGCCACGGUUCGCCGAGAAGCGAAGCACAAGUCGAGAUUCUGUUGCAAUAUGAUUGUCCUAUGGUGGAUGAGAUGGACUUUUCGAGUGCUGGAGAACUGGAAGACUGGAUCGACGAACCAGAGUCCGAGCCAGUCAAUAAUCACGAUACAGUGAGUUUAGCAUUCAGCCGACAAACGAUUGCGCAUUGGAAUGCAAAUAUGCGAUUGCCCGCGCACAGGGACGAAAUUCCAAUCCACGAACGACUCGCACGGCAGAAUCGCAUUCGACUCGAAAACGAAUUGCAAGUGUACCAUGCAGAGUUGGAGAGCGUAUGGGACAUGUUUCAAGUUGCCGUCUCUGGCGUAACCGACCGACUCGAAGUCUUGAUGCUCGCCUACACGUUUAUGCGCAUGUUGGACAGCCUGCCGAUCGCGUAA